GAUCUGGCAGGGUUAAGAGUUUGCAUUUGGUUACAACUCGCAAGCCCUGGUUAGAGCGCUUGGAGGGAGAGAGAGAGAGACAUACACACAUCAGACAAGACUAAGAACAUGCUCCCCCUGCUCCUCCUGUGGGGGUCUCUUCUCUUUGGAGUGGUCAGUUCCAGCCCAACCCCAAGGAAGCUUUUUGGGGAGAUCACAUCCCCCAAUUACCCCAAGCCAUACCCCAACAACAACAUCAGCACCUGGGACAUUACAGUCCCAAAGGGUUUUGUGGUGAAGUUGAACUUCUGGCAGUUCGACCUGGAGCCAUCUGAGUCCUGCCUCUAUGACUACGUCAAGAUCACAGCAGAUAAGAAAGACCUGGGCCGGUACUGUGGCCAGCUAGGCUCAGCCACAGGCAACCACCCAGGAGUCAGGGAGUUUGUGUCCAAAGGGAACCGGAUGAGGAUGAUGUUCCACUCUGAUUUCUCCAACGAAGAGAACAGCACCCUUAUCCCCUACAAGGGCUUCCUAGCCUAUUACCAAGCUGUGGAUCUGGAUGAGUGUGCCCAUGGCAACGCCCUGGAGGAAUACGAGGGGCCUCUGUGCCAGCACCUCUGCCACAACUAUGUGGGUGGCUACAUCUGCUCCUGCCGCCCCGGUUACCAGCUGCAGAGCGACCACCAUUCCUGCCGAGUGGAGUGCAGCAGUGAGCUGUUCACAGAGACCUCUGGGUACCUGUUGAGCCCAGAGUACCCCCUGCCCUACCCUGCGGAGCUGCGGUGCAACUAUAGCAUCCGCCUGGACAGGGGGCUGGCCAUCACCCUCAAGUUCCUGGAGCCCUUCGAUAUCGAUGAUCACCAGCAGGUCCACUGUCCCUAUGACCAGCUCAAGAUCCAAGCACGCGGGAGAGAGAUUGGUGAGUUCUGUGGCAAGGUGUCGCCUGGCAGCAUUGAAACCAACAGCAAUGCGGUGGAUGUGCUGUUCUUCACAGAUGAGUCAGGGUUCAGUCACGGGUGGAGGAUCCACUACAGCUCAGAGAGAAUCCGGUGCCCACAGCCUGUGCCAAGGGACCAGUUCACCCUCAUCAAAGACCUGCAGCCCCUAUACCGAUUUCGUGACUACUUCAUCGUCAGCUGCCAGACUGGGUAUGAACUGAUGGAGGGUGACCAGAAGUUGGCAUCCUUCACCGCUGUCUGCCAGGAUGAUGGGACUUGGCACCGACCCAUGCCCCGGUGUAAAAUUGUGAGCUGUGGUGACCCCAAAAAGCUCACCAACGGGGCCUUCAAUUAUGUUAGCGAACACGGGAACAACUACUACCAGUCAGUGAUCACCUACCGGUGCAAGGAGCCUUAUUACCGCAUAGUCACCAACAGCGGGAGCGAUACAUACAACUGCUCCGCUCAUGGCUCCUGGGCAGACCAAGACGGCCAUGAGGACAUCCCAGUGUGUUUACCAGUGUGUGGGAAGCCAGACAAACCCAUCACUGGAAUCCAGCGGAUCAUCGGUGGCAGCACAGCACCACCGGGAAGCUUCCCAUGGCAGGCGAAGACACACAUCUUUGGGCUCGGGGGUGGGGCGCUGCUGGGUGACCGCUGGAUCCUGACAGCUGCUCACACCAUCUACCCCAAGAAAGACAGCUCAGUGACAGAGACAGAGACAGGUGGGAGGAUGAGCCUUGCUGAGGUGGCUAAGAAGAUCGAAGUGUUCCUUGGCCACACGGAGGUGAAUAAGAUCCAUGAGCUGGGUAACCACCCUGUCCGCAACGUGUCCGUGCAUCCCAACUACGACCCUGAUGAUGAGAACAACUUCAAUGGGGACAUUGCACUGAUCGAGCUGCAGGACCCAGUGCCACUGGGCCCCAACCUGCUGCCCAUCUGCCUCCCAGAUGCUAGUAACAGCACUUUCUAUGCCAAUGGCUACAUGGGCUACGUGAGCGGCUUUGGGGUGGAGAAAAAUGUUCUCGCAGAUCGGCUGAAGUAUGUAUCACUGCCAAUGGGUGACGAGAGAUCUUGCAAGAAAUGGCUGCAGGGAAAGGAGGUCAAUGGGAAGCCCAUGGUGUUCUCUGAGAACAUGUUCUGUGCUGGCUCGCCCAGUGUGGGGAAAGAUACCUGCCAGGGGGACAGUGGGAGUGUCUUCACUGUGCAGGAUUCAGAGAGCGAGCGCUGGAUAGCCACCGGGAUUGUCUCCUGGGGCAUCGGCUGUCACAAGAGCUAUGGCUUCUACACCAAGGUCAUCAACUACCUGGACUGGAUCAAAGAUAUAACAGGGAUGUAGAGGCUCUGAAUGCCACUAUUAUAUUGGCUGAAGGCUCAGUAAUGUCAUAUAGGUAUCCAAACACCCACAUAUCAUUGGCUGAAGCAUCGUGAUAUCAUAAAGGAUUGUGAUGUCAAAACUGCCAUAGCAAUGGUUGAAUUCUUGGUGACAUCAUCAAAGCUUCCCAAAGCCUCUGUGCCAUUGACUGAAGCUUUGUUGAUGUUCUAAGGUUUCCAAAUGCAUCUUCACUAUUGGGUUAAGCCUUGACAAUGUCAGGCAGUCUUGUGACAUCCAACAUGCUAUUGGCUGAAGUCUUGGUGAUAUCCUAAAGAUUUCUGAAAUCUGUCGCACUAUUGUUUGAGAUGCUUGCAAUGUGGUAGAGCUUCCUGGAAGGUGCUGAGUGCAGACUGUACUCAUGCCUUGGCACCAAUGAGGUUCUGUCAAUAUUAAAAUCACUGCUAUAGGAA